GUCAAAGUACUCACAGUUUGCCAAUCCAGAAGCAUGGAUAGACUAGAAGAAGAGGGAGAGGAUUCCCAAGAAAAAGAGGGGAGAUCCUAUGGUUCUCUUAUGAUUCAGAGAUUAACUGGAAGUGAAGAAGGACGGAUUGAUCACAUGCUUCAAGAUAAAACAUUUGAGCAUCCAUACUUACAAGCCCUUGGAGCACAUACAAACUAUUGGAGGGAUCAUGAUACCGCACUUUUCAUAUUAAAACACUUGUAUCGAGAUAUACCUGAAGACCCCAACUCACCUGUGGAAUCUAGUGGGGGCAACUCAAAAGAAGAAAGUGGUUCCACAGGUUGGUCUGAUCAAAGAGAGACUGUUGAUGAAGAACUUCCAUUAACAUUCUCUGACACAGUUAUGGUUAGAAAUUUUUCAAGAAAAGCCAAGAAGAUUUGGAAGAAGCGCUGAUGAUAGCAGCAGUAUUCGAAUUCUUGCUGCAUGCCUUUAGAUGCAUCAUGCAAGUGCAAUUGAUGACAAUGGAAGCAAUUUUUGUUAUUAUCAUAUCACUGCAUUCUGGGCCAAUUAUCUCAUAUUUUUAACAUUGCAGAAAAGUCCUGAAAUUUAUGAUUGUGUCAUGCUGCGAUGGGAAUGCUAGUCAAAGUUACAAUGAAAAGUAUAUGCCAUUGUCCACACCAAGGCUCACCCUUGAAAUGUUGUUUGAGAAUGAGGGGAGUGGGUUAGUUGUGCUAUGUAGCAGAGUAGUAGUUGGUUAAAUGGAAGUAUACUUGAAACUAAUCCCUAUGGGAUUUAGGUGAAAUCAAAUGGACAUAUACAAAAAGUGUAUAGUGUUGUUCAAAAAAACAUGUAGACAGCGACAUACAAUAGAAUGAUAUAGAAAGGUGUUAAUGGAACUCUCUCUCUCUCUCUCUCUGUGGGUGAUGAGAAUUGCAAAAGAUGGUGUAAAUUUGUAGCUUUAUUGUAUAAAAAUACUCCUUUUGUGGUGAU